CUUCAUUCAUGUUUUAUGAAUGGAUGACGCCUCGGGGGAGUCGUCACCUGCAAAAUUGUUACAUCGAGCCGAGGGAAACAACACCUGCAAAUGAGUGCUUCGGAUUGAGCAUUAUAGAGGGUGCUAGUGAGAUGCCAAACGAUGUUUUUGAAGCAAUUUUCUUCUAAGUAGUAUGUCUGUUUGUCUGUGCCUUACUGUCAGAGCUGUCAGAUCGGUGUAACACGCUAAAUAUAAUUUACACAAAAGGCAAUGUAUAUUUAUUGGGUACUGGACUGGACCCGGAAAAUUUAAUGGUUUUCUUUGGUACAUCGAGGUCCAAAAGUGUUAUGUAUUAGUAUUAAAACCUCGAAAUGAAUGACUCGGUGUUUCUUCAUUUAAGGACGGCGAUUCACCUCAUUCAAGUCGAGUUCUAAACGUCUGAUAGUUAGAAUCUAAACUUGGAAGUCCAGUAAAUCAUCUCAAUUAAAAUUAGGGACGUCAUCACAAUAGAAAUUCCUAACCAAAUCUCGAACUAAGUUUAAAUCGUUUAUCAGUAAACUUCGAGUAAAACUAACUAUAGCUUACCUUAUUCAUCUAGGUACUCCACCAUAAGAUUUUCCUCGUCGUAUUCUUCAGUGUUUUCAUCCAUUCUGUCUGAGCCAUCCAAAUCAAUUUCUUCCUUGGUUAAAGUUUUAGAACUGGAAUGAGUUUUCAGGUGCUUCGACAUAUCUGCCCGAUAUCUGAACUUCUUGCCGCAGUAUCGACACAGACAAACAGACAUACUACUUAGAAGAAAAUUGCUUCAAAAACAUCGUUUGGCAUCUCACUAGCACCCUCUAUAAUGCUCAAUCCGAAGCACUCAUUUGCAGGUGUUGUUUCCCUCGGCUCGAUGUAACAAUUUUGCAGGUGACGACUCCCCCGAGGCGUCAUCCAUUCAUAAAACAUGAAUGAAGGUUCAUGAUUGAGUCAUUUUAUGUAAACAUUGAUCGGCGUCGCGUUCAUUUCUCUGCAAAAUUGAGGCACAGCAGCGCCACCAUGACACAUGCGAGCACAGUCCGAACCACACUAUAUUUUCAAAAUGACCGUUAAAUCGUGCGAUGAUUCCGAUUUGAGUAGUAUGUCUGUUUGUCUGUGUCAAUUAGUCACUAAUAAAGCUAAUGUUCACUUAUUGUACGAACUAUAUGGGCUUGAUUUCUAUUGUAAAAAGUAACAAUAUAUCUACUAUGUGUUUUAUUGUGAACAAUAAAGCCAGUCAUAUGUUAAUAAUAUUUCCCAUGUAAUGAAUGGUAUUUUUUUUAUCCGGGGGGCCUCGCCUUCCAGGGCGACCGCUUUCCGCGACGUCCGUACUCUAUCGUGGUUCGCGUUUCGACACGCCCGCAGUUUCUAUCACGAGGUCAAUCAGUGGCUUCCACGCGCACUGUUUUUCCAGCGAGUUGGCCUAUUUUGUAUUUAUUUCUUCUUCAAAUUUACGUCCUUUCGUUUAUGUAUAUGUAUUUAUUUGAUUUUCACCGAAAUUUUCACUCACAACCCUUCACAGCAUCAGCAAACUUUUUCACUCAAUUUACCGAUCCGAUCUCCCAUCGACACUUUUCAAAACUCCUGAUGACCCUUCGCAAACAAAGUGCUCCUGCCUUCAAGUGAGUGUUUGCAAAUUUCAUGAAUGAAAGCAGCUCGUAAAAUGGCCGCGUAUUAAGAAUGCGCCGACCACUGUGAAACGCGAGCGUGCACGUGGCCAUGGCGUCGGCUUUGUGUCAGGCGAGCGUCGACUUGGGCGUUGAAGUUGCAUUUUGUUUGAGGGCUGACUUGGAUCGAGCUUGUUUGUUUUUGAUUGGAGGUGUUCGCUUCGCAAAGUUUGGUAGAAUAGUUACAUUUAUUUACUAAAAACGGUUGGAACAUUAAGUUUUGCGAACUAUUUUAGAAAAUUGUUUAUGCAGUUGCGUAGUUCCCCUUGUUUUGCAAUUUCACAAUCGUAAUAUGGAGGAGCUAGCGGGAGAAAUUGUGUACGUCAAACUAGAACCGGAAGACCCUGUCGAUUAUCCCCUGCCGGAGAUAGAAAUCAUAGCCAAUGCGCUGGAAAGUGACUUUCCAACUGAUACCGAGCGGGUGAACCAAUACUGUCGACUGUGCUUACGCGAAAGGCCCACUCUGUUCCCGUUAAUGUCCCGGGUGCAUAAUGUUACGGUUCCGGAUAUGAUCCAAGCGGUCACUGUUAUCUGUGUUAACCCACGAGACAACCUACCGCAAAAAGUGUGUAUCCAGUGUGUGGUACGUCUGGACUAUGCUUACAAUAUUCGGAAGGAAUUUGCCGAAAGUCAACGGGUGCUGAAGAACUUGACCAAGUCCAAGGUUAGCAAGUUGUGGGAAUGCUUGAAUGAUUACCAGAAAGGGACUUUGGCGAUGACCGAGACGAGGUCGGAGGAACUUUUGCGACAACAUAAGGACAUCAUAAGUAAGCGAUUAAUCCGGAAGGAGGAAAUGAUAAAGGCUGAACCAGAUGCAAAACCGGAGGAUGUAGUAGAAGCUAUUUUGGAUACAGAACAGGAUGAAGCAACCGUAGAAGGAGCCGAAAAUGUGAAACAAGUGAAACAUGGAAAAGAAGACAUACCGGAUGAGGUAGAAGGUUCCGAUGCUUGGGAAAUAGAUUCAAAUGAAGAUGAAAUAGACAUACCUCCGAAGAAGAAAAAGAAGAAUUUGAACUAUUCAGGACAAUCAAGGUUUAGAAAAAUUCUCAACUAUAAAAUACUAUUCGACGAGUCUGAUAUCGACCCAAACAAGUGCUACAUUUGUCAGGAAGUAUUUUCCGACGUUACGAAUCUGGAAUUGCAUUUGCCUAAACACAAGGACAUGGUUCCAUACAGUUGCGGCAAAUGUAAAGGCACUUGCUUGGAAACGAAACCUAUUGUGACGGUCAUUAUGGUCAAUCGUCAUUUCCGGAUGCACGCCGGUUCCAUGCAGUGUCCGGAGUGUCCCUACCGGUGCUACAAGGGGUACUGUAUGUAUAACCACCUGAAGAAAUUCCAUCUGUCCGAUCCCAACGAAGGAUGCACGUGUGAAACGUGUGGUUACAAAACGAAACACAGGAGAACACUGGAAAUGCAUCUGCGCAUGCACAAGAACGUGGACGAAGGUAGAUUCACGUGCUCGUUCUGCGCAAAGAAAUUUGGUACCAAAGCCCGGCUGCAACGUCACGAACGGAUCCACACCAACGAGAGGCCCUACGGAUGUCGGUAUUGUACCAAGAGUUUUACCAACGAGACCGCCUUCCGGGCCCACGAACGAUCUCACACCGGCGAGAAAGGCUACUGCUGCGAGUACUGUGGCAAGGGUAAUCCUACCAAGUCAGCAUUAGACGCGCACCUAGCGACGGUUCACCGGCUGGAAUUGGAGAAAACGGGCCAAAAGAAACCAUCGAACAAAGACAAAAAUGUAAAAAUCGAAAAACCUAUAAAAUGUACCCAUGAAGGUUGCAACUAUGUAGCAAAAAAUCGUUCGCAAUAUUACCAGCACAAGCCGUUGCACAUUUUGAAAUUCCACUGUCCUCACUGUGAUCUGCGCUUCCCGACCAAGCAACGGUUGGAUAUGCACGAAUAUGUCCACACGAAAGUGAAGAAGUACUGCUGCGAUGUUUGUGGCAAGAGCUUUCGGUUCCUUAAUAUUUUCACCGAGCACAUGGCCACCCAUAACGGUAUCCGAUCAUAUGCCUGUGAAAUUUGCAAUUUAGCUUUCGUCCGCGAGCGAAACCUAAAGGAGCACAUGAAGAAACAUUCAGAUGUUCUCGACUAUGCGUGUCGACAUUGCGGUAAAAAGUUUAGAUAUCGGGCAGAUCUGUCGAAGCACGAGAAAACUCAUAAGAAUCCUGAAGCCCUAACCAAGCAAGAGAUUGAUUUGGGUUGUUCGGACAAACUGGAUGUAAUCACCGAGCAAUGCGACGAGCAAAACCUUAUGGAGGAGUACCUAGACGAGUAAGGUAAGAAUGCAAACACCUAAAACGCUGGUCUUGGUUAUCUUUAAUCAAUCGUAAGUAAUUUAUCUAGUACCGCAAUCUGAAUUGUUAAUCAGCUGGGUAAAAUACCUCAAAGUCAGGAAAUACCAGAUAGUUCAGUUUUAGAUCUCGAAAAUCAGGGCAAGUCAGGAAUGUUUUAAAUGAAAUUGAAAAAUCGAUUGUCUUGUUGGUUCAUUGUUAAAAUUUGAUAUUUAGUUCAUGUAUUGUAGGUUGUUCUUAGUUUUAUGAUGCCGCCUAUUCCUUAAAAAUAAAGCCAUCUUCAGAUUCAUCAUUAUUUUCCUAGCAUUAAAUCGCAUCUUUGGGUAAUACAUUCCAUUUCGUUCCUCGAAACUAGAGAAUGUGCAUUGAAAUGUUUAUGAUACAAUCCUUUAUUUGGCUAAGGGCCGACUUCUGCACUCCCCCCCCUUAUAUCCGGCCCUGCGUACCACAAUGGGUUCAAACAGCGCCCUGAAAAGGGCACUGUAAUAACCCAUAAAGCGAAAGAGAGCCUAUAGCUCUUUACCGCAGCGGGAAUAUCCUGAAGAUUCAGGUUUCUGAAUUCGGUUUAACUUAAUAGGUGUUUACCGAAUACUCGGACCCCCAGUUGCGCAAAAACUAAACAGUUACAUAUCAAAUGAUACAAAGUUCCAUAAUCGGAUUUAUCACAUACAAAUGAAUCAGCUUUCUGAAUAUUCGUCAUGUGAUAGCUGAGUUGGCGAUGGCAAGUCAAUGCUUUGACCAAUAUGCUGCAAUUCUGCUUUGACAGAUUUUUAACAUACUUCGCCACCCUUGGAGAUGGCUCAGUGCAAUCACGCAAAAACGGCUACGCUCAAAAAUGUGUUCGGCCUGCACAUUUUUAGUAAACAUCCAUGCCGCACAUGACUGUGUUGGAAACACACAUUUUUUUAAAUUGCUCGUACGCUCACAUGAGCAUGUAUUUUGCAAUAAUUUCGACAUGGCAACCUCACUGGGUUUAUAAACCACCUUCAAAUACCGAAAAAUAUUGAUAUUUAUCAAAAAUGUGAGCGUACAAGCAAUUUUAAAAAAUGUGUGUUUCCAACACAGUCCCUGUGCGGCAUGGGCGUUCCUCAAAAAUGAGAGUUUUUAUUUUAGAGAGAUACAAUUUUGUUUGACGACAUGGCUCCAAACUAUUUCAAUAUUGUUUGUGCUGAGUGGGAGUCCAGGUGUCAAUCUGAAGCUUUACCCAAGUCUAUCGGGUAUCGAACUAGCUGGCUCAGGGCAAAUGAAGUCAUGUGAUGCUCCAGUUUGAGCUUACUCAUCAGCAAUUUCAUUUCCAGCGAUGGAAGAAUAGCCAGGUACCCAUACAAGGUGAACAGCGUUUGCUGAAUUCAGCUCCUCGAUUUGAGUUCGACAAGCGACAACUAACUUCGACGCAUAGUUGGCCGAAGCAAUUGCUUCAAUAGCAUCCUGGCUAUCUGAACAGAAGUAUACUACUUUGCCCAUUACUUGCUGCUGAAGUGCUGAUUGCACUCCGCACAUAAGAGCAAAGAUUUCGGCCUUGAAAACGGUGCCGUGUCUGUCUACCAAGUGAGUAAUGCUGAUGUAACCUUAGCUUACGUGAGUAGACAGCAGCACCAGCUCGACCUUCGAGAAGGGAGCAAUCAGUAUAACAUACGAUGCCGUCUGGAAUACUUCUCUCCAGAUACCCAGAUGUCCACUCUUCCCGGGAAGGAAAUUUCAUGAAAAAUGUCCUAUAUGGGCAAUUACAUGCAAUUGUAAGAUCACUUGGAGCAAUAACAACUUUGUCCCAAUUCAGCAAUAGUGGAAACAACGAGGUGUGUGUUGAUGUGCGGUUCACAGGAGUUUCCUCUAGUAGACCGAGACGGUAAGUGCAAGAAAAUGCUUCUUGUUUGAGAUGAAUGUGUAGUGGAGCAACGUCAAAGAGAACUUCGAGCGCUGCCGUGGGAGUUGAAGAGAACGCUCCGGGCAUCGCCAUUAAGCACAUCCUUUGGAGAUGGCCUAAUUUUGAUUGGACCGUUCUCACUUCGCCCUUCCUGCCACCACACCUCCUCCUCCUCUCCUCUCCUUGGCGUAAUGUCCUCACUAGGACAAAGCCUGCUUCUCAGCUUAGUGUUCUAUGAGCACUUCCACAGUUAUUAACUGAGAGCUUCCUCUGCCAAUGACCAUUUUGCAUGUGUAUAUCGUGUGGCAGGCACGA